AUGGCGGAAAUUUCGCAUCCCAACUCAGAUAUUGUAUCUGUACCAAAAGAUACUCCCGUGAGAUCUGCCAACAGCAAUUGGAUCGUCCAGAAGUUUGGAGGCACAAGUGUAGGAAAGUUCGCUCUGAGUAUCAUUGACCAGGUGGUCCUUCCGAGUCUUAAGGAACACCAUGUCGCUGUAGUUUGCUCAGCAAGGAGCAGUUCAACAAAGGCUGAGGGUACUACAAAUCGUCUGCUUCGGGCCGCAAGAGAUGCAGAAAAUUCCCAAUCUAAGGAGUACAUCUCCUUCGUCGAGGCGGUUCGGUUGGAGCAUGUCGAGGUUAUCAAUGACCAGAUUACAUCCGACGAACUCAAAGCACAAAUCAUAUCAGAAAUUAACGCCGAAUGUGCCAAAGUCCUCAAGGUGCUGGAAGCUGCACAAACACUCGGGGAAAUUAGUGCUCGAUGUGUGGAUAAGGUGAUUAGUGCUGGAGAGAAGCUAAGCUGUCGGCUAAUGGCUGCCUUCCUCCAAGACCGGGGGGUAGAUUCGCAGUAUGUGGAUCUAUCGGAGGUCAUUGAUUUCCAUAUCUCAGCGCAAGGCCUCGACCAGGAAUUUUAUAACCAUCUUGCUACUGCCCUUGGCCAGAAAGUGCGCGCCUGUGGGAACAAGGUUCCCGUCAUUACUGGAUACUUUGGAACAGUACCAGGCGGCCUUCUUGACCAGAUUGGACGCGGUUACACCGAUCUUUGUGCAGCACUGGUAGCCGUUGGCAUUCACGCAAAGGAACUGCAGGUGUGGAAGGAAGUCGAUGGAAUAUUCACUGCAGACCCUCGUAAAGUACCUACAGCACGACUUUUACCCGCAAUCACUCCCGCUGAAGCAGCCGAAUUGACGUUCUAUGGUUCGGAAGUGAUCCACCCUUUUACUAUGGAGCAAGUCAUUCGGGCUAAGAUUCCAAUUCGCAUCAAAAAUGUUAUGAGCCCCAAGGGCGAUGGUACCGUCAUCUUCCCUGACUCUACCUUUGAGUUGGAGAGGACAACGCCGGGCCACGACCCGAGACUGUUCCGUACGAGGAGCCCAAGUCUCAUGCAACGACCCAAGCGCCCUACCGCUGUGACCAUCAAACACAAGAUACUUGUUAUCAACGUACAUUCAAAUAAGCGAUCCCUCUCGCAUGGAUUCUUUGCGGGCAUAUUCUCUGUCCUUGACCGGUGGAGGCUCUCAAUUGAUUUGAUCUCCACUAGCGAAGUCCAUGUGUCCAUGGCUCUUCACUCGGAGAUGCCUCUCCUCAAUGGUGUUGGCCGCGAUGAGUACCAAAUUAUAGACGAGGAUCUGAAGGGGGCCUUGAAUGAUCUGCAAAAAUAUGGUGCUGUCGAUAUCAUUCCCGGGAUGGCUAUUCUCAGUCUUGUAGGGAAACAGAUGAAGAACAUGGUUGGAGUGGCUGGACGCAUGUUCACCACCCUUGGCGAGAAUAACGUCAAUAUUGAGAUGAUUUCUCAGGGUGCAAGUGAAAUUAACAUCUCCUGUGUUAUUGAGGAACGAGAUGCAGACCGUGCCCUCAAUAUUAUACAUACGAGCAUGUUCACAUUUUUAGAGUAG